CUCCUAUGCUCCUAAGUGAAUGCCCUCGUUCUGUCCGUAUUUCGUCUUUGUUGUCUACCUUGCCGGAAAGCACUCGUCAUUUCGUGGUUCAAAACGACGCUACGCCAGUCGAGGCUUUGAUACGGGCGCGACCCCGCACGGUCAGCGCAGGGGGGCUGGUUCGAGGCUGAUUCGAACUGUAAUGACACCAAGGCCAUCUCACCUCCCCUAUUUUGUCCCCCAUCCUAAAUGUUAAGCGCGCGGAUGACGGCUCUUGACUAGCAGACAGCCUACUGGGCACUUCACCACUGUUUGAGAUUCAGUUUGAGCAGGAUGCGGAUUGUCACCUCGUGUGCUUUCUGCCGUUCUCGCAAAAGACGAUGCACGUAUAUUCCGGCACUCAAGUCUUGUAAAGAAUGCCUAUCCAAGGAUGCCAGAUGUAGCUUGAGCAGGCUGAGUAGCAACACGACGGAGACGCAGAGCGGUGGUCGUCGACUUUUGCUGCCUCUGCAACAAAAUUCGCGUAGUCUGCCUGACAGAUCCGCAAGUUCGCCGAUUUCAAUUUAUGAUACACCAAACUACGAAGUCUGUACUGAGCUUGUUACGCUGUACUUUGACAUUAUACAUGACAAGCAGCAUAUCCUAUUCCAUCCUCCAACUUUCCUAACCAGGUACCAUGCUGGACAGGUUCCAGAUUUCCUUGUAUGGGGAAUGGCCGCUCUAAGCUCUCGCUUCUCUGAUCAUGUAUGCUUUGCGUCAGUUCCACGAAAAGAGCGAAGUCGUCGUUGGCUAGACAAGGCUUUGCACGCUUUCUACAGCCGAACUGAUGACAUAUGCAUUUCAGCCUUGCAAGGAACCGUUCUACUGGGAAUGGCAUGCUUUGUCGAGGCCGAAUAUGAAAAAGAGGACUUGCUUUCUGCACAGGCAAUCCGAAUGGUACAAGUGAUGCACUUGCCAGAUAAGACUUGUACAGAUGCUAUCUUGUUUGAGAUCCAAGUUCGUUUAUACUGGCAGGUCUACUUGAUGGAUGCCUGGCAGGCCUCGCGAGCACAGUAUCCCCGCCAAAUUCGCAGUGACCCUGGAAUUCCGAGAAUCAUGGAAGAGAAAGCGUUCUAUCAGCUCCAAGACUAUGUGGCUACCAGCGAUGCUCAGCUCGAUACCGCACACAAUAAGGACGCAAAUCGCAGAGGUCUUUGGAGUACAAUGCUACCACUCUCGGAGAUCCACAGUCGAAUCCAGCAUCUGAACUACGUUUUAUGCGGUUCGAAUGAAGAACCCUACGAAGAACCUGUUCGAGUAGAAGAAAUCGCAGAAGAACUCCAAAAAUGGCACCACGCCCUGCCAACAGAACUGGAGUAUCGAUCCAUGAACAUCAUACGCGUCAAGGAAGACGGUUUGUUUCGUGAGUUUAAUGUGUUACACAUCCUGUAUCACUAUCAGUUCCAGCUGCUCUACUACCAGUAUUUGCAAAAAGACCCUAACGUGGACCCAAAGUCUGCGAUAGCCAUCGAGCGUGAAACUUACGCAGCAGACUGCAAGUAUCAUGCUAAAAGGAUGAGCGAAAUCUUCUGGGCAGCAAACAACCAGAAGGGUACAGAAUGCUUCUGGUCGCCAGUGAACGCCCACCUGCUCGUUGUGGCUUCUACAGUCCACCUCCACACGCUACUUUUCGACACGAGUGAAGAACAUAUGGCACAAACAAAGAAACUCCUCGAACAGAACUUCAGUAUGCUCUUACAGCUGCAAGAAUACUGGCCUAGCGUGGAGUUGGCCAUGAUGCGACUCAGAGCCUUCCACAGGACAUGUUUGCUUAACACGGAGCCGUCUGAGUCUUUCAACAUGGACGAUUGGAAGGCACAGUUCUUAAAUCGAUACCACAUGCCAGUCGACGAUAGAGAGAGCACGACGACACCUGAAGAGGAGUUUAGUGGAUGGAACAGAAAUACACUACAAUCCCUGGGCUAGUAGUGAAGUCGCAUGUUGACAUCAGAUGUUGGUAAAGUCAUUGGCAGCCUGUGGUCUCAAGAUUGACACGCAGGUCACUGAUCAGCUUGGACUUCGAGCACAUCAAUUGCGGCGUCUACCGCAGGUCAUUCUGUACGGCGUUACCGUCCCCAAGAACGAUGAGGAAAUAAUGGUAGCAUACCUGGGUAGAAACCGAGUCGCCCGCACUGCAGAGAGCGCCGGCAUAUUGGACGAACAUCUCGGUAUUGAGAGUUUGAUCCUGAUGGCAGUAAGAUACUCAAAGCUUACCUACCUGGGUAGCCAUGACGAUCCUCAAAUCACCCAACAAACUGGCGCUGCAAUCCCGACCAAUUCGCUCUGUCCCUUUCUCGUCGAUCUCAUUCA